AUGUCGCUGUCGAAGCCCAGCGAGCGAAGUCCCCUUCUCAGACAAGUGAAUGAUGCUCAAAACGUGCCUGCCGAGGGCAAACCUCAUGAUGAUGGCGAAUGGGGAGUUUCAAAUUCCUUGCCUUCUCGACAUGAGCAGCUAUCCAACGCCAGGUUAGCUUUGAUUAUGGGCAGUAUAUGGGUUGGUGUGGUUUUGAUAGCUGUUGAUUCAACAAUCGUUGCAACCCUCUUGGUUCCAAUUUCAAGCUCCUUCUCCUCACUCAAGACGCUUUCUUGGAUCGGUUCAGCCUACCUGAUUGGCCAAUCCGUCACUCAACCCCUCAGUGGCCGCCUCACAGACAUCUUUGGCCGCCGCCAAGGUCUUCUGGUCUGCAAUUUCGUUUUCGGUCUGGGAACUCUGCUCUGUGGCGUGGCUCCGAGCGAAUGGGUCCUCAUCACAGGCCGCACCAUUGCUGGCUUAGGAGGCGGAGCAACGGUCACGAUCUGCAUGUUCGUCGCUGGUGACCUGGUGCCCCUGAGGAAACGAGGCGUGCUGCAAGGUAUCGGAAACAUCAUCAUCGGUGCCGGGUCUGGGAUUGGAGGCUUGUUGGGUGGCUGGAUCAACGGGUUAGCAGGAUGGAGGGUUGCCUUUUUGGUGCAAGUACCCUUUGUGAUAGUUGGUGCCGUGAUGGUGUUCUUCACCGUCAAAGUCCCUGUCAAGAUAAGCGAGAGGUCAGCGCUGAAACGUGUCGACUACCUGGGAUCGUUCACUCUGACCUGUGCUCUGGUGCUCUUCCUCCUGGGUCUGAAUACGGGAGGCAAUGUCCUGGCCUGGACUCACCCUCUAGUCUUGACCGCGCUACCACUAUCUAUAGUAUUUCUCUCCAUCUUUGUCUACGUUGAAGAAAACAGGGCACUCGAACCCAUCAUCCCGAUCCGAAUCCUCCUUAACCGUACCGUCGCCUCUGCCUGUCUCAGCUACUGGUUCGUAUUCAUGGCGUACUUCGGCCUCACAUACUUCAUGCCCGUCUAUCUACAACUUCUCGGCAAAUCGCCCACCGAAGCUGGCCUGCGAUUCAUUCCGUUUAGCGCUGGCGCAGCGGUUGGGGCAUUUGCUGCAGGCCUCAUCAUGAAAGCGACGGGCAACUACUACUACCUCGACAAAUGUUCUCACGCACUACUUGUACUUUCCACCGCGCUCACAGUGACGAUGAACGCGAAUACACCAACCGUGUAUCCUUUCAUCUACCUAGCCGUGUUCGGCCUAGGGGUCGGCGGCAUCCUGGUAACCACCCUCAUCGCUCUCGUCAGUGCUGUGGAGCAAGAACACCAAGCAGUGGUCACAUCAGCCGGAUUUGCCUUCAGGUCGACUGGCUCUGUCAUCGGCCUCACGAUAGCAUCCGCUGCUUUUCAGAAUCUGCUGCGCGUCAAGUUGCAUAGAAGUAUCGGUAGCGUGGCAGAUGCCGAGGGGAUCAUUGAUAAGAUCAGAGAGGAUUUCGACGAGAUUGGCCGGCUACCGGCUGAGUUGAGGGGACUGGUGCAGCAGGAUUACAUGGAAGCUGUUCAAGGUGUUUUUAUUGUUGUCUGUGGGUUUAGUGUCCUGGCGUCUGUUUCGAGCUUGUUUAUGAGGCAGCACAAACUGCACGCGAAUCUUGAGAGACGGUGA